GUAAAGAGUAUCUUGGCAUAGACUAGGGGGGUUCCCAAGGUUCCACAUCGAGGCCUAGCCGACACAACCAAACCCCCCCAGAAUCAGCCUUGCCCGUAGCCUGAUCAUUCCCAAUCUUUCCAUCCCGCCGUCAAUCACCUUCCCUCUGGUAACCAUUGGCGUCCCCAUCGCAGCAUAGAUGGUUUCCGUUUGCUGAUACUCUGCGACUUCUCCCAUCAUUUCAAUCUCGACCGAGAGCCUCUGUCGUCUUCUGCCGCCAAUUGACAUCCGAUGGAUCAGCCGGCGGCAAAGAAGAGAAGGCUGGCUCCCAAGAUUGACGCUCAAGCCAGUCCUCCUCACCCGCCUCCAUUCCCUCAUGAACCUACCCAACCGGCGCAGCAUUAUCAGGUCCAAGAGGUCCCUCCACCGCCUCCAGAGAGACAUGAGUUUGAGUCGUUCGCGAGACACCUUCAAGAUGCUGCUAUGCUUAUAUACCGGCAAACUCAAAAGUCGCCCUAUAGUAAGACGUCCGUCCUCAUUAUACGCUGGGAAGAAGACAAUGCCGCCGAACACGAUCUUGCCGCUCUCGAACUAGUCCUUCGACAACGGUAUAAUUACCGCACCGAACGCUUUAAUAUACCUACCGUAGACAAUCCUAGCAUUAAGCUAGGAGUUCAUGUGUCAUCUUUCCUCGAAAAUGCGGCUCCCGACCAUCUGUUGAUAAUAUAUUACGCGGGAUAUGGCUAUGUUGGCGUGGAUAAUCAGCUCUACUGGGCAAGCUCCCCAAGAAAGGACUUAAAACUGAGAUGGAGCGGUUUCCGCUGUCUUCUUGACGAGGCGCAAUCUGAUAUGCUUUUACUCCUUGAUACAUGUGCCUCAAAAGAGCAAUCCAUUUCAGACGGUAGCAGCGCCAAGCAAGUUAUCGCAGCGAGCACACCCGAGCACUAUUCCCGGGAUCCAAAUUUGCGAACAUUUACUUCUCACGUAACUGAGGCAUUUCUUAAAUUUGUUGGUGGUAGGCCAUUUACGGCGGAACAUUUAUAUCAUGAAAUAGCGGUUCAGCGACAACACGAACUAAUACAGGCGUCGGGAUUGACGAACGGGGCCAGCAAAAGUCUACCAUUCACCGAAAAGUUACCCGUUUUAUAUACUAUAAGCUCUGGCAAGGGCCAGGGUAUCUCUCUAUCCCCUCUCCUUUCCAGUACCGAUGCGCAAUUGCGUUCUCCACGAGCAGGGAUCGACGGAGAUGCACAAUUACUCAGAGCGUCCCGGGAAGAUCCUAUUAUCCACCCGAGCGCAGUGGCAGACUUGACAUUUGAUGAGCCGAGAGUCUUAGUUUGCACAACGUUUGUUGGCGAAGCCAGUCCAGAUAUGUCUUCCUUCAAUCAUUGGCUUCAUAAUACUCCAGCCAUCGCCUCAAAGAUCGCCGUUGAAGGCAUGUUUCUUGGACCGCCUACCAUGCUUCUCAUAUCAAUGCCCGUUCCCGUAUGGAAUGUCGUGCAGCAUGACAAAGUCUGCUGCUUUUUAGGGUAUGUGAAUUCUCACAAUAUGACCCACUUGUACAAUCGCUUGGUUGGAUCCGUCUCCGUCAACAGGGCGUCAGCGAAGGAUGUGGAAGAUGGUCGGAUGCUCCUCGAGGCUCGGGAGAUCGCAAGUACGCCAAUUACCCGCCGACAUGAGCUUCCUACCCAUGCCCAAAUACGGCCAGAGACACCGAUUCGCCCAGAGAGUAUGGGAAGAGUUGACCCAAUAAACUUACCUCAGCCCUCUGCUACAUCAAAUAUGGCAUAUACCAGCACAACGCCUGGUACUGUCAUAUCUAGCAAAAAUGAUGUCGAAGAUUCUGCUGAGAUGCAGGAAGCUGCUGAGCAGCUCAAAGCCCUCAGCCAUGUUCGACACGUAAGUAGUGAUAAUAUCUCUGCCGCUCAUGCACAGCCAAUUCUGGCAGAUAAUGCUACGUCCACUCGACAUGACGAGGCUUCAUCCCACGAAGCGAAUGAAUCUGGUGUAGAUGAGACUCCUUAUAACCAUGAAUUUACGCCACCAUCGUCACGGCCAAAACAACAACGCCGAUCACUUCAAAAGCAAGCACCAAAACAAGAAACUCGCUGUAAUCACUGCAGCCACGCGCCGUUCAAGGAUUAUUCUUCGUUACGUAAGCAUAUUGCUGCCGCCCAUACCCGGCCAUUCCCGUGCGCCUUUGCAUUUGCUGGUUGCACAAGCACGUUCGGAUCUAAAAAUGAAUGGAAGAGACAUAUCGCCUCGCAACACUUGUGUCUCCAAUAUUAUCGAUGUUCACAAUGUCCGCAGAGCACGGUUGAAGGCAAGGGGAACGAAUUUAACCGGAAGGAUCUCUUCACACAGCACCUUCGCCGCAUGCAUGCACCCUUCGCAAUCAAGAAGGCCAUUGCCAAGGGCGACAGCAAAUUGCAGGUGGAUUGGGAGAAUCAUGUGAAGGAGAUGCAACAGUCGUGUCUUGUAACGCGUAGACAGCCUCCGCAGAGGUCAUCUUGUCCCAAGUCAGACUGUGCUAGUGUUUUUGAAGGGCCUACCUCGUGGGAUGAGUGGACUGAACACGUCGGUAGACAUAUGGAAAAGGGUGAGGCGGCACGGCUUGGUGUUGAUCGUUUACUAGCAAAGUGGGCUUUGGACGAAGGGAUCAUCGAGCGCAGGGAAGAGGGUGAAUAUCGACUCUGUACAGGGACCAAUAACCCCGCAGAACGGGAGUCCGGUGGAAACAAUGUCGAAUAUCAAUCGGAUGGAAACAAACGAGGUCGAGAACGCGAUCGAGAUCGGGAUGAUGACCGUGACCCUGAGAGAGAUCGAAACAGGGAUCAAGAUCAAGAAGAACGGACGAUAAUAGCGGCGAGUACCAUGGUGGACAAAAUGGACGUUGACGAAUGACGCUAAGUUUAUUUCUAAGGAGCACAGUACCUGAGGCGAAGCAUUUCGGAAGAAGAAAAGUCUCGAGUCAAACCCGCUUCGGACGGAUAGGGGGACGUACCUUAUGGAAGACACAAAAGGGAUGCCGACUUUUACGAAUUUCCUUUCUGUUCACCGAACGGUUGUAUUCGAACCAGAUACGCGGCACGAGCUCACCUAACGUUUUUUUUGUUGUCUUCUCUUCUACUUUUAUAUUAUCAUGCAAUUUUUCCGUCGAGCGCAACCACGAAAAGCUAUAGGAACGACUGUACGACUAUAUAUACCACUGUUCUUUUUUUCUUCUUCAUCUUGCCUUUGCGAAAUGAGCUGGGUUGAGCUGAACUGAACCGAAUCGAAACUCUGUCUAACCUGGGCGGCCUUCUGUCUGAUUCAUAGAGAACGAAUGGAGCGGGAUGGGAAACGAGGAAGGGCGCAUUCAACUUGGGGUUUCGGCACUGGCUUAAGGGCGCUGAUAACGGUACGACUCGGGUUAGGGGCGUUAGGUAUAUUUAAUAUAGUAGAUCGACGAGAUCAACUCUAGUUUUACACUCUGACGUCUAGGUGCUUAUUUGGUGAUUUGGCUCGUGCACUUUAUUCCUGGCUAUAGUUUGUCGGAGACUCUUCUCGUAUCUAAAUCC